GGACAUAGACAGAGUCUAGUCCCUCUUAUGUCUGUUGUUGGUCUCAUAAUUUGCUUCUCUUUGCAGACAGCAAUUUUGUUUCUCUGGUGCUCUCCCUCUUACUUUCGAUAUUUCUUUCUUCUUCUCUAUUAGAUUGUCAAUAUUAUUAUUGUUGUUCUUGUUAACAAGUUUACCUUUUUCUAAUUCAGUUUGAUCAAUUCGUCGAAAUUUCUUAGGCUUUUUUAAGCUUUUCUAUAUAUUCUCUUCAGGCCUCUCUUUAAUCAGUUCCUCAAGAGUAAGUAUUCUUCUUCUUCUUCCUUGUAUGUUUUUAAAUUUAAGAGUAAUUUUGUUAAAGCUAGAAACUUUGCUUGGUUGCUUGGAAACUGUUAAGAAUUAAUGAGAGAGUCAAAGUAUGAAUUCUGGGUUUCGGGCUUUUUUCAUGUUCUUUUGUUGGUCAGGCGAAGCAAAAAGUAAAAGGGUGAAAGCAGGAUAUUCAAAGGUUAGAUCUUUUUUGCCUUUCCUUUAAUGGAAGCCAAAAGGGUCCUUAAGAAACUGUUUUGAUUCUGAGAAAAAAGAGGUAUUUUUUUAGUGAUCAAUUUGCUAGCAAUCAUAGACAGCAUAAAGUUUGUGAAUUGGUAUAAAGUCAGCUACUGGUUGCGUAAUCAAAGAUAUAAUUUAUGAUCCUAAAUCUUCUUGUGGUAAUUGUUUGAUGAGAUGUUUGUUGCAUUUAGUUGUUUUGUAUGUAGGAAUAUCAAAGACUCUACUGUUUUGAGUUCAUACUAUUGCUGUUCAAUUAUUUUUAUUUGAUGGGUUUUUGUCAAGUUGCCUUCUUUUCUAAAUCAACCUGAUGUUUUUUUCUGUAGGGGAUAGAAUGGCCAGCAAAGUUGUUCCUGCUCAACCCGUGACUCCUUUCGAGUUUGAGCUUUAUGAGGAUCCUGAUCACCUUAGAACUGUGAUGGCCUCGUCGAAUCAGUCAACUCACAGGAUUGAUCCUGCGAAAUUGAAACUUAGACAUAGAAUUGGGAGGGGACCUUUUGGUGAUGUUUGGUUGGCUACUCAUCAUCAAUCCACUGAAGAUUACGAUGAGUAUCAUGAAGUGGCUGUCAAGAUGUUGCAACCUCUUAAGGAGGAACAUAUGAGGCUUGUGUUGGAUAAGUUUGAUGGUUUGUUUUCAAAGUGUCAAGGUGUAGAAAAUGUGUGUUUUCUACAUGGAAUUUCAGUUAUGAAUGGAAAGAUAUGCAUUGUUAUGAAGUUUUAUGAGGGAUCAAUUGGGGACAAAAUGGCUCUCCUAAAAGGAGGGAAGCUCACAUUACCCGAUGUGUUGAGGUAUGGGAUAGAGUUGGCACAGGGAAUUGCAGAGUUGCAUGCAAAAGAAAUCCUAGUUCUUAACCUUAAACCUUGUAGCUUCCUUCUUAAUGAAAAUGAUCAAGCAGUUCUGGGAGAUAUUGGUAUUCCUUACCUGCUAUUCGGAAUUCCAUUGACAAGCUCAGAUAUGCCUUGGAGGCUUGGAACCCCAAACUACAUGGCUCCAGAACAGUGGCAGCCAGAAAUAAGAGGUCCAAUAUCCUCUGAGACUGAUUCGUGGGGAUUUGGGUGCAGCAUUGUGGAGAUGUUGACUGGUGUUCUACCUUGGUGUGGGAAGUCAAUUGAAGAAAUUUAUGACUCAGUGGUUAGGAAACAAGAGAAACCACAUAUUCCCGAGGGCCUCCCUCCUCCAGUUGAAAAUAUUCUUCUUGGCUGUUUUGAAUAUGACUUGAGGAGCCGCCCCUUGAUGACAGACAUAUUACGCGUAUUCAAAAGCUCGCAGAAUGCAGUUUUUGUAGAUGGAGGCUGGACAGGGUUUGGCAGCAGAACAAUCCUGGAGAAAUCCAGUGGUGCUGGUUACACAGAGUGGUUUCUGUCAAAGGAUCAUCUGCAAGUGGGAGACAUGGUGCGUUCCAGGAGGCCACCUAAUUCGUGCAAACCUGAAAAUAUGGAUGUCCCAGAAGGAACUGUAGUGGGUCUAGAACGCAACCCUGAUCGAGAUGGUUUUGUUUUGGUGAGUGUUCAUGGCAUCCAUGACCCAUUAAGACUUCCUGUCUCAACCUUGGAAAAGGUCUCUUUCGGCCUUGCAGCUGGGGAUUGGGUACACCUGAAGGAGGAAAACAAUAAGCACUCGCCAGUUGGCAUUCUUCAUUCCAUAAAUCGUGAUGGAAGUGUGGCUGUUGGAUUUAUAGGUGUGGAAACUCUAUGGAAAGGAAAAUAUUCAGAGCUUCAAAUGGCUGAAUCAUACUUUGUUGGUCAGUUUGUGAGACUGAAAACUAAUGUUCUUAGCCCUCGAUUUGAAUGGCCUCGUAAAACAGGUGGGGCCUGGGCUACUGGGAAGAUUUGGUGGAUCCUACCUAAUGGUUGCCUCAUUGUCAAGUUCCCUGGAAGAUUUACAAUUGGACAAGAAAAUAGCAGUUUCUUGGCUGAUCCAGCUGAAGUGGAAGUAGUUUCUUUUAAUACUUGUCCUGGGGUCGUCAAAAAAUAUCAACACCUUGAGGAUUUUCACUGGGCUGUACGACCUCUUGUGAUAGCUUUGGGUAUAUUUACAGCCAUGAAGGUUGGAUUUUUCACUGGGAAGAAAAUACGGAGAUCAAGAGUGAACAGGCCGCGGGGUAAUGCAGUGCAAAGUAAUGGCCAAUAUACGGAUGGUCAGACUAGCGGCGAUGGUAGCAACCAAGCAUGGUUUCCACCAUCCGUGAAAAAUAUCCUUGGUGUUAGCCCUGCUGCUGCCCGGUAGUGGAGCUUUUUUAAGUUCACAAAAACCUGUACAUAUUCAUCUUAACUAAUCUAUAGCCUGUAUAGAACCUUUUUAACGUUCUCUUCCAAGUUGUAAUAGGAACUGGCACUACUGCUGGUGGUUAUUUACUUUCAAUGGAGUAAAGCCGGUUGUUGAUGAAUGUAA